GCAGCUCCUGUUUGCCGUGCGCACCUGAGCAGAGACCGGCCUCGUUGCAAAUGGCUUCGGACCCGCAAUCCAGCUCCCGGCUCCGCUUUCCAACGCUCAAACCUGAGCGUGCAGCCGCCCCUGCUUGGCUGCGGGUGUGAAACCCUCCCCCCUCUUCCAGAGGCAGGGGGCUGACCCACGUGCUGGGUGGCGAGUCAGUCCAGGCACUUCCACGCCGAAGCUCUCCCGCCGAGCGGCAGCAAAUCCAGGUGUCGCUCCACGCCAGGCCCUGGGCCAGCCAGCUGGAAACGUGCCCGCGCGGUUCCAGUUGGUCCGGCCCGGCCGCCAGGGGCGAGAUCUCGGGAGGAGCCGCGGAAAGGAGGCAGCACAUUUCUGACCCUCGCCUGCCGCCUAGAGUUCGCGGCGGGCUCCCGAGCGCUCCGGCUGAUCCAGCAGGCGCGGCCCCUCCUCUCCAAUCGGCCGUGGGAGGGCAGCCCCAGCGGGUCCCGUCUAUGCUGUAAUGGCCGGAGGGGUCGUGGGUGGGCAGACGGGGAAACCCCACACGGCUGCCCAAUAAAAAUCUCUCCGCCGGAGGAAGAGGCUCAUGUGCUGCGCCCGACCGGCUGCAGGGGCUGCUGAAGUUUAGGGCUCGCUCCCAGCCCGGGGGACUCGGUGUGCGCCCUAGCGCGCUGCGCUCCGGGGCUCUCCAAGGCGGAGGCGCACGGAAUCUACUCUGCGCGCUGCUCUCUCCCUUCGGGAUGCGGGGCCGACCUCCCUGCACUAUCUAGGGGCAGCUCCUUGCUGCGCCCCCCGUCUAGGCGCUAAUCUCUGCCCGCCCCACUUGUGCUCUUCCCCCAGCGCCUGCCCCCUCGCAGCCCCCCAGCAGCCGCGGGUCCCGCGCCCCUCUCGGAGAGGUCGAUGGUGACUCUGCCCAGGCCAAGUGGUUAAAAGGUGAAUCCGCCUCCAUUUCCGCCUGCGACGGAGCCCUGCCCACCUCCAGCCCGCAGGGAGCAGAGGGAACCGGCGUGCAACCACUUCGGGCGCAGCAGGGCUGGGAGACGCCUGCAAAAUGGUCAGCUCCGCCGGGGAGGUCGCAGUGGUCGCUCUGGGUAUUUUACUAGCUGUGUGCCAUGCCCUGGAGAACACAACAUCUGCCUUGAGCGGUCCCCCAGUGGCUGCCGCUGUCAGAUCCCACUUCAACGACUGUCCCGACUCCCACAGCCAGUUCUGCUUCCACGGGACCUGCAGGUUUCUCGUGCAAGAGGAGAAGCCGGCAUGCGUCUGCCAUUCUGGGUUCGUCGGGACGCGGUGCGAACACGCAGACCUCCUUGCGGUGGUAGCUGCCAAUCAGAAGAAACAAACAAUCACUGCCUUAGUGGUGGUUUCCGUGGUGGCAUCAGUCGUCCUUAUUGUGGCCUGUGUGCUAAUACACUGCUGUAGGAUAAGAAAACACUGUGAGUGGUGCCGAGCCUUCAUCUGCAGACACGAGAAGCCUAGCGGGCUCCUGAAGGGGGGAGCUUCCUGCUGCCAUUCAGAGACAGUGGUCUGAAGGAGACCUGGUUUGGACCAGGAUAUUAACUACCAUGGCCAGAUGGGACUGCUGCAGUGUAAUGAAGAAGGCCCACAUUCAUUCACAGAAGAAAAUGCUCUGCCGGCGAUUGCUAUCAAGCAGACACUACGUGACUUUGACUCUCUCUCUGCUCCUCUACUCUAUGCUGGGUUUUCAGAACCUUGCCAAAUUGACAUCUGCAGGGGGCUACGCAAUAUGACGUGAAGGAGUAAUUCGUCAACCACAUCUCAGCAACCGUGGAAUGUUUUACAAGACUUCAGACUCAGACACGAGACCUGCACAUGGCUCAGCUUGGUGUUUCCGUAGAUGUGACAAUUGUGUGUGGGGGUGUAGGUUUGACACCAGUGAUGGGAGAGCGGGUGUGCCGUUCGGGUUGGAGAGCGCUUACGAAAACUGUCUGUCCUGCGUCGAGACUUUAUGGAGCCUUCCUGAAGGCUGGGUCUUUUGGUUCAUGCAUUUGUUACAUAUGUGACUCGUCUGGAGGAAUGGCUGUAUGGCUCUGACCGGAGAGCGCGCAGCCAUUUCAAAGAAUGUCCUCUUUGCCUGACUGCGGCUUUUUUUUUUUUUUUUUUCCCUUUGUGCUGCUGCCAUUGACCUGCCAGAUGAAAUCUGUGAGGGGAUACAGGACAAGGCGAACUGGCUGGAGCUGUCCUUUUCCCCUCUGAGGAGCAAUUCCUCCUUGUUGGGAGACCCCUUGCAAAGGAAAAACAGCCACCCUCGAGCCAGCGAGGGAGGAGAAAAAUGGGUUCCAGCUUCACAUGAUAAAUGUGAUGGCAGAAAACACGGCAAACCAUUGAGGCAGAAAAGUGUGUUUGGAGCUCGAGAUGGGGGUUAAAUGUCAAAUGGAACCUGGCUCCAAUCAAAGUUGUGGAAAUCUAGGUGUUCAGAGCCUGACCCAAAGCUUGUUCAGGUCCUUCCAAUGUUGGGACGUGGGCCUUAGAGCUGUGACGCUCUGCAUUUCUUUGUGCUCACUCGGGACUGUUCAGGAAACUUAAGAGUCGCUGUGUUACGACAGCAGAAAACCUAGGGCCAAAUCCUGCAAACCCUUCCUUGCCGGAGUCCAUGUGACUGAAUGAGCUAAUAGGGUUUGAUGUUGAUCUUGCUUACCCUGCUGUAACUCCCUUGGUUAUUCCUAGUUUAGCUCUAGCAUGAGAUCAUAAUCAGGCCCUCUUAAAUCAAUGGCGUCAUUCCCUGAAUGUGGAUUCUAACUUGUAGGUAAAAAAUUCUAUCCCCCUAGACUGUCUGUCUUGGAGGAUGAACCUGCGCCAUACAUGAUGCUAUUGGAUACUAAACUUGACAUGUUCUCAGUGUUGUUCCAAAGUUUGUAUUCUGAUCUGCCUGGCAAGAUACAGUCCUAGAACCAAGUUCACUCUCCUGGGCCUAAGUGAGGACUACCCCGCUAGUGGAGUCAGUGAAGUUUCCCCUGUUUGCACCUGUUGAAUUUGGCCCUGAGUUUUGUUGUGAUUUAAGAGCAGAAUUUCACCCUUUUGUGUAGAAACAAAAUAUCAAGGGGGUGUGGGGGGCUUUCAACCUGAAACCAGAUCCAUCCUAGGGAAAAUAGGAACAACACGGUAUCCCAUUUAUCCUGUAUGAGGAACCAGCUGCCUUCUGUGUUCAUUUUCAAGCUCUUACCUAAAAGCAAAUGAUCUGAUGAACUUCUGGUUUCCUAUAGCCACCCGACGCCUGCCAGCAGAGCACCUUUUGAAAUUGAUACACAAGUGAUGGUUUGCUCCGUACUUACUUGAGAAAUGAGCUUGUUUAACCCUUUGUUGCGCUUUGCUCCUUGACUCGGUGUCUGGCGCAGUCUUACAAUAGAUCUGAUUUUUAGACCUUAUGUCCCCUCCCCUUAAUUUCCUAAGGAGGCAGAUUGUCACACCCACACACCCCUCCCAACCCCAAGCCAACAAGAAUCCUUUCCUCUGUCUCCUUCCAGGAUUUUUUUUCCCCAACUCAAUUGAAUUCUGUGAUCUAUUUUUAAAGCUGAUCUGAAAAAAAAUUAAUUUUAAAAUAGUGACAUCUGUGUUUCAGAUUUGGAUUUGGGUUCUUAACAAUGAAGCUGCAAACGCUGCAUCUUGAGGGUGUGGUAAUGGGCAAGUGUGAUCUGGUCAGUUUCUGAGCAAGCUGUGAGACUCCCAUCAGUGAUUCUGGGAGCCCAACAAAGAGGGCAAAACCAGUGCAUCUAGUGUCCCGAUUCUGUCGAGCAGCCCAAGUCAGCAAAGUUUUCAGCCUCUGAGUACAGCUGAAGCACCUGCUUAAGCACUUCCCUGAAUCAGGGAGUAAUUGCUGAAUUUACCCCUAUUUCUCUAAUCUUCUGAAACCAUUAGAGCAACCUCUCCUCUUUUGGCCCAGAAUGACUGGAGGAGAAAUAUCUGAAUAGACAUGCCGGGUCAGUGAGCUGCUACAGGACAGUAACUCUUCUCCGUGAGAGCCUUCAGAUCUCUCUUGUAGGGAAGAACCCUAUUGGUCUGUUCUUGGUUUUGAAGCACUUGAGCAAACCUGAGGCCUAAUUCACUGCUGACAUAAGUGACUGAAAAUUCUACUGAUCUCAGCAAAGCUUGGACCUUUUCAGUGGCAAAUUCAGCCCUUAGCAUUGAAGCGCUGUUACUGGUUUGCCCCAUGGCCAUGCUUACAAGGGGUGUAUCAAUAUCUUAGUCCUGCUCUUUGGAGUGCAGACCUUAACCUCUGACGGGUCUCCCAAGAAACGUCUAGCCUGAUGGACAGUGCCCUUUUUCACCUGCCAAUGUGCAGAAUGCUCCAGCCAUGAGGAACAGGGACUGUUUUUAGCAUCUCGCCUGCUUUUUUUUUUUUUUUUAAUUGUGUUUAAGAUGUCUUGUGGAAGCCGUACAUUUAGGGCCUGAUCCCACAAGGCACUGAGUACCGGCUCUCAGCACCUUAAAAGAUAAGGCUCUUUCUCUCGCUCUUUUGCUUUUUUUUUUUUUUUUUUUUUUUUUUUUUAAAUUGGGAAUAAAACUAAAUAUUUGAUUUCUUGUAGUCUAAACUAUUUAGGUCUCUUUAGACCAUGAUGCACAUGCCCAUCAGUUAUGCAUCUGUUUCACAAGCCUUUUUCCUUUCAUAGGAUGACACUGCAGCCAGACCAUGCCUGCAGCAUGGGAGUGGAGCAAUGUUUCCUACAGCUAAAGGUCUGGCUGAUAGUUCUCUUAUUACCCCACCUUGUCCUCAGACCUUCCGCUGAUGUUCCUCCUCAGGAAGAUGAAUGCCAUUAGCACUGGCAUAGGAAUUCAUUCAAAAGCCUGGCACAGCUUGUCUUGUGGAUGACGUUCUGUCUCUCUUCACCCAUCCCUAAUGGUGAUAUGGUUUUAACCCUGACUGCUGCUUGAAUGUCCCAGCUCAGAUAGUUUGCAUGUCCAGCUGACGCUAGCAGAUGUGUAUGCAGCUAGGCAAGUCUCAGCUAGGGGUGGCUCUGUCCCGCGGUAUCCCCUAGAAAUGUACUGCUAGGCAAGAAGUUCACUUAGACCUCCUGAGUUGACCAACAGGUGAGAAUGUCCAUGUAUCUGCUAAUUUGACCUUUUAAAACAAGGGGGACUGAUCAUCAGCAGGGUGAAUUACUCUACUUCCGCUCACUAAAAUGCAGUGAGGAUAAAUUACACCACUGGAUGAUCCAGCCCAGGUUUUCAGGCACUAAAUCCUCACAAUUUUUUUUUCCAGUGCCACCCUACUGACGAAAAACUGGAAUAUAUAUCUGGCCCCUCUAUCUCCUAAUCCAAUCUGUGAUCUGUUCCUUGCAAUUAUUUGACCUUCCAGGAUCUGAUUUUUAAAAUUGCUGCUGCUUUUAGGAAGAUACCUAGAGAUCUGACUCAAAGUAGGAUCAUGUUUCAAUAAUACAGAAUGUCCUUUUAAAACAAACUGCCUAGUUGAAGAGGGAUUGGAAAGGACAGAGUAGGAAUAAAAGCUUGUGUGACAGGUAUUUGGUUGAAAAUGAAGGUUAGAAUUCCCCUUUUCUUUCCCCACAAUGGCUUUUCCUUGCACUUAAAGAGAGCGUGUCCAUCCUGUACCAUGUUGCAGGCUUUCAUUGGAACUAUUCCAGGAUAACAGAUUUUAAAUGUCCAUUACUCCACUUUUUCUUGACUGGGACAGUUGCAGUGGAGAAGAGAGGGAGCUAGGAAGCUGAACACAUUGUGGGUUUGUGACAGUAGGAAAUCAGAAAGCUACAGGCUAAAUCCUUGCUGUCAAUGAAAUCUCUCUGGGAGUUUUUACAGCUGACCCUAUUGGUGCUGGGAUUUGGCUCUAUGGUUCUAAAGGCAAUCCAGAAUGGUCACACAAGGAGCUUAUGGAAUGGAAUGCUCUGUUGGAAAGAUGAACACUUGAGUUGACUCAACAUGAAAUUCUGGUCCCGUUGAGGGAUCCAUGUUAAAGUCAAUGAGAUUAAUCCAGACUUAAUAUAGCCCUGCCCACCCCAAAAAAGUCUCUCUAAUUCAGCAAAAAGUAAUCUCCUUGGAACAUGCAUUUCAAUAUCAAUAAAUGUGGCAGCCAGCGGGUGGUGGGGAUUUUUCAAGUCACAAAGGACUAAUAGGUGCCCAGUCUCCACAGAAAAUCAGUGGCAUCUGGGUCCCCAAUUUCCAUGUGUCUUUUGAAAAUCACCCUGCUAUCUUUCUUUUCGGAAAAUUUUUUUUUGCACCCAUAACUUGCUGUUUCCCCCAGUGUCUGAUAAAUUGCCUGAAACAUGUAACUUGCAUUUCCCAUGAUUUUUGGAUACAUUUUACCAUAAAACAUCCUGUGAGAGUGAGGUUUGGUUUUUAAAACAUCACAUUUAUUCAGUCUUGAAAUGUUAUGGCGCUAGGACAGAAAUAUCACCUUGCAGGGACUGUGGCGAUCUGAAACCAAUAUCUUUAAGUAGUAAAACCAUCUUUUAAUUCUAGGAAACUUCCUUCAGCUGGUAUUCUAACCUCCAGUUGAAUUGUUAACCUUUUGUAGUCUCUCUAAGUUUAUUAUAAAUAACCAACCUGAAGCUUUUUUUAGUCAUGGCUCCUUUGACAUCUGUACAUGUUGCACUGAAAAAGUUAAUAUUUAAUGUUUUAACUUAUUUUGUGUGGUUAAAUUAAUUUUGAUUUCUGUAAUAUGUUGUGAUUGGCUAUUUCUCCCUUUAAUACCUAAAUUCUAGUUAUGUAGAGUGAUAAACAUCUUUUUUCAGA